AUGUCUGAAACGGCUCCUGUAGCCCCAGCGGAUCCCGUUCCAGCUGUUAUGGAGAAGCCUCCAGUCAAAAGAAGAGGGAAGAAGCCAGUUGGCCUGUCAGGUGCGGGUCGCAAGGCUCCUAAUCGUUCUGUCUCUAAGUUGAUCGUUGAUGCUGUCUCUGAAUCUCAAGAGCGAGUAGGCAUGUCAUUGGCUGCGCUUAAAAAGGCGCUGGCGGCUGCUGGCUACGAUGUAGAAAAGAACAACAGCCGCAUUAAGUUAGCUCUCAAAAGCUUAGUGAGCAAGGGAAUUUUGGUUCAGACCAGAGGUACUGGUGCUUCUGGGUCUUUCAAGCUCAGUAAGAAACCUGCUUCUGAAUCCACCAAAGGCAAGGUUAAAAGGCCAGCUUCUAACAAGGCCAAGAAGUUGGUCUUAUCCAGGGAUUCGAAAUCCCCAAGGAGUGCCAAGACCAACAAGAGAGCUAAGAAGCCAAGGGCAGCAGCAGCAACUAAAAAAGCUGUGAAAAGUGGGAGGAAAGCUAAAGGAGCGAAGACCAAGCAGCCGCGUAAGAGCCCAGCCAAGGCUAGAGCUGGGAAGCCUAAAGCUGGGAAGCCAAAACUGACUCCACAUAGAACCAACCCUAGAAAGGCAGCAUCUAGGAAAUGA